CCCAUUUCCGGGAGAUACAGGAAGUGGGCAGAGGUGUUUGUGUGUAAGGCGAUGGAGAGACGGGGCUCUUAAGGAUCUUUUUGCAAACGUUUCUCUCGUAUCCGAAGAAAGAAGCAGCUCCGGCCCCGGCCCCGGCGCCUGUGCAUGGAAGUGGAGAGAGCCGCGGAGAUGGGCCCGGAGAGGAUCUUCCCGAACGCGGAGGAGGAGCUGGGGCAGGAGCGGCUGUCGGACGGAGGGGGGCUGGAGGCGGGAGGCGAGUGGAGCAGCGAGGAGCCCGAGGAGGACGACGAGGAGGAGGAGGCGGCGGCGGAGGGAGAAGACGAGGAUGGAGCAGGAGGAGGGUAUUAUUACCAGCCCUUGAACCAGGACCCAGACUCAGGCUUGCCCAGCUCUCAGCAGACAGACCAGCCCGAGGAGUCCGGCCCUUCAGAGCCUGUGGAGGACAUACAGGACAGGAUACAGGCGAUGGGCCUGUUCCUGCCCCAGCCACCUGCCCCCGACAGUGACGAAGAGGAGGACCCUGAGGAAGCAGCCGCCCAGAGGAGCCGCAGUUCCAUUCCCAUGGACGCCACCCACGUGGAGCUGGUGAAGAGGACCAUGGCAGCGGUCAGCCUGCCCUCGCUGGGGAUCCCCCCCUGGGCCCAGGAGAUCUCAGAUGACCAGUGGAAGGACAUGGUCCAGCGGACACUCCAGUCCCGGCAGGCGUCUGCCGGCCUGAAGCUGGACCGCAAGUGAGGGCAGCCCCGCGUCCUGCGCCCAGAGCCGUGGAUGACGUUCUGUAUGCCCAGCUGAGUAUACCUUUAUGGCAGUCUUCACUACAGCCGUGUAAAGUUUCUUUUCACACGAUUAACUCUACACCCUACUCUCCAAAUUUCAGACUGCCCCUUUUCAGUUAUGUUCAUGAUCAUUCUUUAAUUCAUAUGUAGUAUUUUUUUUAAUUCUUCAUUUUUUCAAUGUGUUUAUAUUUCAGUGGUGAUUUUAAUAAAUGCAACAGAAUCUAAAAUAAAGAAUGUAAGGA